CCCCUGUGAUCAUAACAAAAAUUGUCAUUCCUAAUUAUUUCUUUGUAUCACUACUGAAAAUGUUAAUUUAUUAUCAAGUAAAAAUUUGUGUAAAUAGUAGCAGUGAAUGCCUUGAAAAAAUUAAAAAGAUAAAUUAUUUUAAUUAAUUAAAGUUCAAUUAGAAAUGCUGUCGGAAUUCCGCUCCGAGGGUAGUGUUUUCGUGAGGCCGUCAUGUCCUGCCAUCAGUCUGGAUAAAAUGCUGUCAUUAGACCAGGAGGAGGGCUGUCAAAUCAGCCCUGAUUCACUUGCUGAUGACUUUAUGCACAAUCAAGGGGGACAAAGGAAUACACUUUAUUCUAUGGAUUUCACCCACCCAUUGCUGCAGAGGGGCAGCGUAUUAAGCAAAUCUAACAGAAGUUCUCAUGGAAGUGAUACUUCCUCAGCUUACUCAGGAUCUGACACCAUGCAGUCUGUCCAGUCAGUUUCUUUGGAUGAUCAAGAUGUUGAUCUUAGUGGACUGGUGGAGAGCAUUGUUGAUUCUGAUGAAGAAGAGGAGCUUACAGAGUCAAUGGAGAGCCUCACUGUCCGAGAUACUGUUAGAGAAUGUCUAGAAAAAGACCCUGCAUUACGCACAGAAGAAGAUGUUGGAGUAAUUCUUGAAUACAUGCAGCAUUUGCCUGCAUUUGCAAACAUGACACUCACUGUACGCAAAGCAUUAUGUGCUGUGAUGGUGUUUGCUGUUGUUGACAAACCUGGAGUGGUAGUAAUGAAUGAUGGUGAGGAGUUAGAUUCUUGGUCUGUGAUUGUUAAUGGUGCUGUUGAAAUAGAGCUUCCAGAUGGAAAAAUCAAGGAACUACAAAUUGGUGAUAGUUUUGGCAUCACUCCUACUAUGGCAAAAAUGUAUCAAGUAGGUGUCAUGCGAACCAAAGUGGAAGACUGCCAAUUUGUUUGUGUAGCACAAAGUGAUUAUUAUCGUAUUUUACACCAAGGAGAGGAAAAUAUAAAAAAACAUGAAGAAAAUGGUAAACUCGUUUAUGUAACCGAGCUUAGAACAGUAGAUGCUGCUGGAAACAAAUCUCACAUAAUUAUUCGAGGUACACCUGAAAGACUUCUAGAACAGUUAGUAGAAGAUAACUCAACGGAUGUGACUUAUGUAGAAGAUUUCUUGUUAGCAUACAGAACAUUUAUUAGUGACUGCAAAAUUAUAGCUGAUAAGUUGUUAGUGUGGUUUGAUGAUCCGAGGUAUCGAGACAGAGUAACUAGAGUUGUCCUUUUGUGGGUCCACAAUCAUUUUACAGAUUUUGAAACAGAUGUUAGAAUGAUGGAGUUUUUAGAGCAGUUUGAGCUGAAGCUUGAAAAAGAAAAAAUGUUAGGCCAACAAAGACUUUUAAACAUAGCUUGUGCUGCUAAGGCACGCAGUCGUGUAAUAACAUUGGCUAGAUCAACAAGAGAAGAAGUUUUGCAUUUUUCAAUACUUGGUGGAUAUGAAACUGGAUUUGCCACGUUUGUGUCUAAAGUGGACAAAGGCUCAAAAGCUGAAGAAGUUGGUUUGAAGAGAGGAGAUCAGAUACUUGAGGUAAAUGGGCAGAGUUUUGAAGUCAUGAGCCACGUCAGAGCACUGGAAUUAUUGCGAGGGACAACUCAUUUAUGCAUCACUGUGAAAUCAAACUUACUUGCUUUCAAAGAGAUGUUGAGUGCCCCCGAGAAUUCCACUCGGCGUUGUCGCAAAGCUUCAGAAAUCUCCCUUCUCCAGCAUGAUCCACGGGCUAGGUUAUCAUCUCAAGUUGAGUGGCAUGAAACAAUGGGUAGCUCCUGUGGUACAAUGCCUGGAUCUCCCACUUCAAAAGUAAAUGGUUUGGCUUUUAGAUCAAGUGAUGGGAAGAAAGAUGGAGAAAAGAAAGGAUAUUCCACCUUAGGACACAGAGCAAAGCUAAGAAGAGUUUUAGCAAAAAUAAACAUCAUUCCUCGCACAUUGAAUAGUGAGUCUCACCUGAACAGUUCAGAUGACAGUCUGUGCUCUGGAAACAGCAGUAGUAGUGGAGGUUCUGGAAAUUACAGUGGCAGAGGAUCUUCGCCUCAGCCUUGCACCGGAGGUGGUCUUUAUCAUAGUCAUAGUAAUCCUGAUUUGACAUCUCUGUUGCCAUCUGAUGAUCUGCGAUUGGAGUUUCCAGAACAUGUACUCAAAGUUUACAGAUCAGAUCAGACUUGUAAAUAUCUGCUUGUUCACAAGGAGACUACAGCAAGAGAAGUUGUAAUGUUAUCAUUACGAGAAUUUGGUAUCACAGAAUCCAGUAGUAAAUACUGUCUAUGCGAAGUGUCAGUUGGCGAGGGUGGUGUUGUGAAACAGAGACGACUACCUGACCCUCAGCAGAACUUAGCAGAAAGAAUAUCGUUAAGUAGCCGAUAUUAUUUAAAGAAUAACAUGUGCAGUGAUUCUUUAGUGCCUGAUGAGCUUGCAGUGGAACUUUUAAGAGACAGCCAAGUGCAUUUACUGCAACUUAAUAGUGUGGAAUUAGCAACACAACUUACUAUAGAAGAUUUUAGUAUAUUUCGACAGAUUGAACCUACUGAAUAUAUCGAUGAACUGUUUGAAGUAAAAUCAAAGUAUGGUACUCCAAUGUUGUCAAAAUUUGUGGAGUUGGUAAACAGAGAAAUGUUUUGGGUUGUAACCGAAGUAUGCUUUGAACACAAUCUUUUAAGGAGAAUGAGAAUUAUAAAGCAGUUCAUCAAAGUGGCAAGACAAUGUAAAGAAUGCAAAAACUUCAAUUCAAUGUUUGCUAUCAUAAGUGGUUUGGGACAUGGUGCAGUUUCCAGACUUAGAACAACAUGGGAGAAACUUCCUACAAAAUACAUGAAACUUUUUGAGGAUUUACAAGAUUUUAUGGACCCAUCUCGCAACAUGUACAAAUACAGAAAUCUUAUAUCUUCGGAGCACAUUCAACCUCCUAUGAUACCAUUUUAUCCAGUUUUGAAGAAAGAUCUUACUUUCAUACAUUUAGGAAAUGACUCUUAUAUUGAUGGGCUGGUUAAUUUCGAAAAACUGAGAAUGGUUGCUAAAGAAAUUCGAACAGUUCUAAGCAUGUGCUCUGCACCAUAUGAUUUAUUUAAUAUGCUUGAAAGUGGCGGAGCUCACCCAACUGCUGCUAUGGCAUCACUCAACAGCUUUGCUACUACUACUAAUGCUGCUACUGUAAAGCGAAGAAAGAAAAGUUCAGCUCAACCAAACCCCAAGAAAAUGUUUGAAGAAGCACAAAUGGUUAGGAGAGUAAAAGCAUAUCUUUCCAAUCUAAAAGUAGUUACAGAUGAAGAUCAGCUACAUGCUAUGUCAGUAGAGUGUGAACCACUAAUUACAUCAGGUGUGAGUACAUUGCAAGUCAGGAAACGACAGCCAUCCCCAACACUUUCUGCAGCAAGUAGCAACAGCAGUUCCUCAGAUUUUAAGAAGUGUAACAGUUCUAAAUUUGGUGCAGAUUCUCCUCAAGCUGUUCGGAAGUUACUAGCUUUGUCUGAUCCGAACAAAGUACGGCCACAUCAGCCAUUGCGUCCCCCAGUUUCAGGGUCCCCGUCUCUGUCACCUGUGAGUGUUCGCCGUUGCCAUGAUCCUCGUCCCAGUUUUUCUGCUGAAAUGGGCAAUGCGACUAUACCUGUGGACUUAUAUCCUGAGAGUUCUAGUGUCACCAGUUUUGGUAUGGCUUCCAUUAAAAAAUCUCAGACCUCAGGAUCCGUAACUUCAUCCGAAAGUCUUCACUUGCAGCACUGUGAAACAGAUUCCGGUCAUGGAUCUGCUAGCUUUGACAGUCAUAGCAACAGUUCUGGUGGUUCAACCAAUUCUCCUCCUCAUCUGAAGAGGAAUGCUUCUGGUCCAAGUGCAUCACACACCAUUAAGAAGUUUUCCGAAUAAAUGUCAUUCCAUGUUCAUCUUAUGUGGUAGAUGUAUGUAUCAUUAGUUAGAAUCUCAUUUCUUGAUGUCUGAUCAUCAUGAGGCGCUGUCAGUAAUCGCCAAGUGUACAAGGGUGCAAUGAGGUCUAAUUCAAGGGCACCCACCACUUUCACCCCACAUGUAUUUCUCAAAGUGUGAUCUUUGUUUGUUUGUUUUUGACAUGAAAGUGUGUUGUAUUCACCAAAGAUAACUGACUUUAAUGCUCAGAUUGUGAUUUAAAUGUUUGUGAAGUUAUUUGUACACAGAAUCAAAACAUGUACAGAAGAUUGCACUAAACUGAUGUAUUUAUAAUUUGAUUCAAUUUUGUUUUUCAUUUUUAUGCAAAUACACAGUUUAAGAAAUUCUUGUUUUAAAGAUGAAAUAUUAUUUCAAAAACAAACUUAGAACUAAAUGAAAAAUUUUGAAAACGGCAUGUUUUUUAGGAUGUGGGAAAUUUUCAAUAUUUUUAGACUAUUCGUAUUUGUGUAAAUCACUUUAUACUUACUUAUUAAGUUAAAAAUAUUUUCAGAUAAUCCUUUAAGGGGUAAUAAUAACACAUCAGCAGUUUUAAUUUCAAGAUAAAAAGUACGUGCAUGCAAAUAAUUUAAGUGUUUAAAAAUUUUCUUUUUAUCAGUAUUACAUAUGAAAUUCUAUGAUAAUAUUCAUGGUUUAUAAAUGUCACAGAAGUUAAUGCAGUUUACAGUUUUUAUUAACUACGGACAUUUUAAUGCACAUUCUUCAGGGACAGAUUAUUUCAGUUUUCUUUAAUUUUUGAGGAAGCAUCAUUGUAAAAGACAUUUAAAAAUCUGUUAAUUUCAUGACUAAAAUAAAUUAUCUUUAUCAAAAUAUUUUGUAAUCUAAUUAUAUUUAUCAGAUUGAAACAGAUGUUAGGUUACGUAAAAUUAAUUAAAAUUUUAAAUGCCUAGGUACAAGUUUUGAAAUCCAACACAAUAUUUACAAAUUCUAAAUUUAUUGAAACAAAUUUAAAACUUAUAGGCAUUGAGGAGCUUCCAAGAUGAGACUUAAAAAGAAUGGAGUGAUGUUUUGAAUACAUGGAUUGGUAUAUUUUCAUGAUUACUGAUUUAGAUGUAAAAUUUUGUUGUUUGUAACAUUUACCCUGUCAUGUUUACAAAAGAAUUGUACAUAUAUUUACCAAAGAUUUGAAAUUCUUAUAAAUGAUGAAAGAAAACUAUUUUAUGAUUAAAAUAAUCUAUACUUGUAUUUUCCAUGUGUUUUGUAUUAUAAUUAUGUACAUAUUUAGCAAUUAUUAUAUUUUGUAUGAUCACAACUAUUUACAUGCCAAGAUUAAAUUUUUUAUUUUCUAUUUAUUAUAUAAUCUUACAUGUUCUAGUUUAGGUUUACUCGCAUUAUGUAUAAAAUAAUGUGCAUUUAGUUCAAAGCACUGGAAAUUAAAAAGAUUUAUUUCCAGUUAGUGAGAGCUUGUAGCUUUAAAAAGAGAUCUGAAAAUGUAUUUUUAUUCUUUCACUUAUUUUUUGUACCAAAUUAGAUCUAAGGUAAUAUAUCCGUAUGUCCUUUGUGUAUAAUUUAAAAGAAAGAUUAACAUGUAUCUACGAAGAAAGGAAUGCAGAACCGUCAGUCAUCCGUCAGACAAAUUAGAUAUAUUAGAAAUUGUUUUUAAAGUUCAUCAUGGUCAUAUCAUGAGAUCAUAACCUCAUUCGUAUUUCCUGUUGACUUUAUAUACUUGUUUUUAGUCUUCAUGUUCAUGUGAAGUUAUUAUCUCGUCUUCCUGAAAGUGCUCAUGUGUUAAAAGUAUAUAAAAAGGGAAAAAAAAUCUUGUAAAGAAUUGUUUAUUUCAUAUGUUGCUCAAUUUUUUUUUUUUUUUAAUAUCUGGACAUACCUGAAUGCAAAAAAUUGAGUACACAAUUUUUUUAAUUGUUUAUCUUAUUUUGAAAUUAUGAAGUAAUUUAAAUUAUUAGCUAUAAUUCCUAGUCUGUAAAUAUAACUGAUUUAUAAGAAAUGUGGAUACAUAUUGUAAUGUUAAAAAUAUUUUGUUAUAUCUUUUUGUUAUUUGAUCUGAGUAUAAUUGUAAAUAUGUAUUUUAUGAAGUCUCUUCCUGAUAUAAAAGUUAUUUUAGUUUUAGUAA